AUGUUCACGUUAUAUGCCAUUAUAACUUAUCUUUUUCUGUGCAAAGUUUCUGCCCAAGAUGAUCCAUGUAUAAACCGUUUCUUUAUUUCAAACGCUAAACAUAUUUCUGAACUUACAGGGAUUGGACAAUACAUAACUAUAAAUGAAGAUUGUAUGAAAGAUAUUCCAAAUUAUCAAAAAGAAUCUAUUGGACAUAGUUUUGGGAUGGAGUGUUGGAUUUAUGAAGAUGUGUCAAUGAUCCAUAAAGUGUCUCACUCUAUAUCAAGAUGUGGAGAAUGUUUAGAAUUAACAGGACCUUCUCAAACACCAUUUAAUUGUAUUGUUGUUGGUACCUUUUCUGUUAAACAAGAAUGUCCUUAUACAAAAGAGGAUAUUUCAAGAAUGAUUAUAGUUAAGGAUAGUCUAUUUAAACUAAUAUCAACUUCAACUUUAGAAUCUAAUUAUGUGUUCAGUCAAGUAACUGUUAGACAAGCUGAUUGUAAUUUUCAUUAUCCACCUUUUCUUUAUACUCUUAAGAAAAAUGAAACUACUGUAGAAUUACAAAUAUUAAAUAGUGUUGCAUUAAUAGAGAAAAUAGUUAUUGAUGAGAAUGAUUAUCUAUCACAACCUAAUGGCCGUUUUAUUGUUCCAUUACAAGACAAUUUAGUUAAUAUAAAAUUAAUUUCAUUAGAUGGAAGAAUGUGUAAUGUUAAUAAUGUUAAUCUAAAUUCAAUUGGUUUAUAUAUUGCAAAAGAACAGUUCACUAUUAGGAAAGUGGAUUCAUGUCCAUUUAUGCCUUCAACACAAGUUUAUAUAAAUUCUACUUCAAGAGAACAAAAUGUAUUUUUUAAAUGGAUAUUUAAUCAGGUUAAUAUGGAUUAUUCAAUAAAACGAUUAAUUGAUACAGAUGAAUCAAUUCAUUUUGUUGCUGAAAACCAAAGAACAACACUUGGAUUUGGAUAUCCAACAGUAAUUAAAAUGUAUGAACUUUUUUCUUUAGUAAUGGUAGAAAUGGAAGUUGAAGGUAAUUUACCUAAAUACGCAUUCUCAACAUUAGGACAUGGAAACCAAUUUGGGAAAAGUGCUCUUGAUGCAGUUUUUGUUUGUAAUACAAAUAUUCCAGUUGAAGUAUUAAAUACAAAGAAAGAUGAAACUCAUUAUUUUAUUAGAGUAAAACUCUCAAUACCAAAACACUGUUAUGGUUAUUUAAAUGUUAUCGCCCUCACAUUUACAACAGUACCAGGAACAAUAUUUGAUGUUAAAAAUAUCACUCUUAUUCCAAAAAAGCAAAGAGAAGUAAUGGAAUGUGAUAUUGAAUCUUUUGAUUGUCAACAUACUGAAUGUACUGAAUCUAAUACAAUUAAUCCAUUAUUCUCUUUUGGAUGUCGUCCAAGGUGUGGCUCUUGUAGGAAUGGACUUAUUUGUUCAUCAGGUAAAUGUGUAAAAGAAAUAUCAUACAAUUCCCGAAGUUCAACAAUUUCUAUUUUGAAUUCUAUGAUAUUUACAAUAGUACUUUUACUGUUAUAA